AUGAUGGCGCAAUAUGGCGCCACCCUAAUACUACUGGCGAGUUUGGUCCGCUCGCAAGCCAUUGCCGACCAAACGAAAUGCCCUAGCUUAGCAGCCAACCCGUCCUGCCAUUGUUUCAAUUUCGAGAAUGGCAUAUUCCUGGAGUGCCCAGCGGCCACAGUCGACUCCCUCAAAUCGGUGCUGGAAAUCAUCCUCGGGCCGAUCCAGAGCCUCAGCGUAUACGAUCCAGAUAAGACCCUAGUCCGGCUGCCGAAAGACUUCUUCCCUGACCAGACGGUAAUCAAGCAUUUUCAGAUCUCCCAGUCCAAUAUCCAGGAGCUGCACGACGAUUGUUUACUGCCACUCAAGCCGCAAUUGGAAUCGUUUAGCUUGGUAUCGGGGAGGCUCCGGGAAAUACCCCAGAAGGCAUUCAAGGGAUUAAAUAAGCUCAUAGCACUUGAUUUAGAGGCGAACGAAAUAACCGAUCUCCCCAGCUACAGCUUCUACGGGCUGCAUUUGAUUAAGCUGAACAUGAAAGGCAACCAAGUUCAAAAGGUGUCUGAGUACGCGUUUGCCGGUUUGGAAGAUUCGCUAUCAGAAUUGGACAUGGCUGAGAACAAACUCCAGAAUUUUCCAAUUAAAGCUCUCAGAAGACUUGAAAGAUUGCGACAUUUACGCUUAGCCUGGAACGAAAUUAAUGCCAUACACGACGACAGCUACUCCAAGCUUAGCUCUCUGUUGUAUUUAGAUUUGAGCUUUAACAACUUCGAGAAACUCGAAGAGGAUUCUUUCCGGCCGUGUCCUGGCGUGCGGACAUUGUCCUUGUAUUACAAUGUCAUUGAAAGUGUUCAUCAAGACGCGUUUGCGUCGCUAAACGAUUUACAGUCCCUAGACCUGAGCCAUAAUAAAAUAGUGUAUUUAGAUUCGUUGACGUUUCAAACUAACAAAAAAUUACGCUCCAUCGAUUUAAGCCAUAACCACGUACACUACAUUAGUGGCGUAUUUGCUUUCUUACCAGAUCUGAAGGAAUUAUUCCUCUCUGAAAAUAACAUCCUGGAGAUACCAUCGGAUGGUUUUACGGACUCGGUUAAUUUAUCAGUGAUUUACCUACAACAGAACGCCAUUAGGCGUAUAGAUCCUGAAGCUUUAGUUACAUUAGUUAACCUAGCUCAACUGCAUCUAAGCUCAAACUUCGUACCGCACAUUCCAAGAGAUUUGUUUCAGCAGAAUCGCAAUUUGACGUCAUUAAGCCUCGACAGUAAUUGGUUAUCGGAUUUGGAGCCAGGGACUUUUGAUAAAACGAUAAGUUUGCGCGAAAUCAGGCUGCACAAUAACAGAAUAGAGUAUAUACACCGAGGAGUGUUUGAUCCGCUACCGUCUCUUCUGGAGCUGCAUCUGCAAAAUAACGAAAUCAGUUCCAUAGAUACAGGCGCCUUUCGCACGCUGCAAAGCCUCCAGCACGUAAAUUUGCAGGGUAACGUGAUAGCGGAGCUCGGGGACGUAUUCAUGCACGAGUCUCCCUCUCUUGUUUCGAUCCAGCUCGAUUCGAACAGCAUAACUUCGCUGCACAAUGAUUCAUUGCGGGGCCAAUCAAGCGUGCAAAUUAUGUGGCUGGGUCACAAUCGUCUCAAGCGAUUAGACCGCGCAUUGUUUAGGGACCUCUUACUAAUUCAGAGAGUGUAUUUAACCAACAACAGUAUAUCUUAUAUAGAAGACAGAUCGUUCGAGCCGAUGCAGGCGUUAAAAUUUCUCGACCUGAGCAUGAAUCAGCUCACGGAGAUUACCAGAAAAACAUUCGCUGAAUUGCACGAAAUGGAGGAACUGUAUUUGUCACACAAUUUAUUGGAGAAAAUAGAACCGAAGGCGUUGACAAAUUUGAAAAAACUGCGGAUUCUAGAUUUAUCAUUCAACCCGCUAGUAGUGCUCCACGACAACAUUUUACAAGAAGGAUUGCCCAUAAGAAUGUUAAAUCUAUUGAAUUGCUCAAUAUCGAACAUAGAACCGGGUGCCUUCAGGGGACUCAAUAAUCUUAACGAGCUAAAUUUAGCCUCUAACGAAUUGACUUCUCAGGAUCUGAAGCAUCUGGAUAUUCCUGGAUUGAGGGUUCUAAAAGUGUCUAAUAAUAAUUUUAGUGAUUUAUAUGGUUCUGCUCUUAAUGGUUUGCCUUCGCUGCAAGUUAUUUCACUCGAUCAGUGUGGGAUUAUGAAACUUCCGGAUAACAUUUUCUCUAAAAAUAAGAAUCUCCUUAAAAUAGAUCUUAGUAACAAUUUUGUAGAUGAACUGAAACACGGAGUAUUUUUAAGCUUAAAUGUUUUGAAAGAACUGAAACUUACCGGUAAUUUAUUUAAGGAUUUACCCUACACUGCCCUCCUAAACAUAUCUACAAUGGAAAUACUUUCUCUAGCCAAUAAUAAGAUGACGAGCAUCGAAGUGUCCCGCUUUAAUGGCCUACCGAACCUGAAAGAGCUUGAUCUGAGAAACAAUUUUAUAUCGUCUCUAUCGGGCUUCGCAUCAGCCAAUUUGACGCAGUUAUUGUCGGUAGACUUAAGCGAUAACGCAUUAGCUGCCUUACCUGCCAAUUUCUUUCACCAUUCUCCACUAUUACGACGUAUUGAUUUAUCCUGCAAUCGUUUCCGCCAAAUACCGAACUCCGCAUUAUCCGAAAAUACUCUGCCCGGCUUAGGAUGGUUAAAUUUAACUGGAAAUCCACUGGUGCGAAUACACGACAUUGCAUCAGCACACCGGUAUCCCUCCUUGGAGGAAGUUCAUAUAAGUUCGACAAAUUUAAGCAUCGUAACGAGUAAAGAUUUUGAAUCUUUUCCUGCAUUGCUCCACGUUUAUCUCGGACAGAAUCGCAUCUCGAGGGUGUCCCCGGGCGCGUUUGGGAGUUUGCCCCACCUACUUACAUUAGAUUUAGGGUUAAACGAGUUAGAGUUGAUGCCGCAAGAGCGGUUGCAAGGCUUGAAUCACUUGCGGAUAUUAAACCUAACUCACAACAAGUUGAAAGAACUUGAAGAAUUUUCUACGGAUCUCAAGUCACUUCAAAUACUGGACAUUUCCUUUAAUCAAAUAGCUCGUAUAAGCAAAACAACAUUUCAACAUUUAGAAAACUUAGCGGAAUUGUACCUGUACGGCAACUGGAUAUCAUCGGUGUCUAGUGAUGCUUUCAGGCCUUUAAAAAAGCUAAGAACUUUAGAUCUGAGCAAGAACUAUUUAGAAAACAUUCCGUUAAACGCUUUUCGACCCCUGGAAACACAAAUCCGAAGUCUUCGUACCGAAGAGAACCCUCUAUCCUGCAGCUGCGACUCGCAAGAAUUGUGGGAAUGGUUGAGAGAUCAUCAAAAGCUGGUGGAAAGGACUAACACUUUAGAAUUACGAUGCGAGCACCCUCCAGAGCUAAGAGGGCGAGUAUUCUUAGACCUGGACCCGGAGCAAUUCUGCGAUCAGCCCAUGGUUGUUAAGCUGGGCAUUCAGGAUAUACAGCCGUUUUCAGUUUUAGUUUCCUGGCAAAGCCGUAACCACUCCGGCCUUCACGGGUAUCAAGUCGCCUACUAUUCAAUGGAUACUGUCGACGAGAUUCGCGGCAGGAUGCUCGAUCGCUCCUCGCGAUCCAUGAAACUUUCCAAGUUGUACCCGGGCACGAGGUAUUUAAUAUGCGUGCUGGCCCUAGGGAACUGGGCGUCGCACCGCAAGGAGACCGCCGAAUCUCGUCUGGCGAUCCGCAAACCCGAAAACGACACGACGCGCGACAAUCUCGAGAUAUUCAACGAUGCCAUGCUGCCGCUCCUGGUGGACUCGCCGACCAGCAAGUGCGCCGAGGUUAGCACACUAGGCGCCCCCGACAGCAUCCACGGGGGUUUGGGGAUCCUCCCCGACCAUUCCCUGGGGGUGCAGUCCAUCCUCACGAGACGACUGGGACUCAUCAUCGGCUGCUGCAUGGGAUUCGUGGUGUUUAUAGUUUUAGUUUCGGUAUUAGGGUACCUCAAAGUCAAGAAACAGAGACGAGCCAUCAAAAGGGACCAGCCCAUACCGCCCGAAUAUCUUUCGUAUCGGCACUUUUCCAUACAGAGCGGCGAGGCGGGGGCGCACGCGGGCCACCCCCACUUCAUUUCCAACAUGAACACCACCAUUUUAAGUUAA